CUUCGAUAACCCGUGGCGCGGAGAGUCAGGGCGGCGGCUGCGGCAGCAAGGGCGGCGGUGGCGGCGGCAGCAGCUGCAGUGACAUGUCCAGCAUGAAUCCCGAAUAUGAUUAUUUAUUCAAGUUACUUCUGAUUGGCGACUCUGGGGUUGGAAAGUCUUGCCUCCUGCUUAGGUUUGCAGAUGAUACAUACACAGAAAGCUACAUCAGCACAAUUGGUGUGGAUUUCAAAAUAAGAACUAUAGAGUUAGAUGGGAAAACAAUCAAGCUUCAAAUAUGGGACACAGCAGGCCAAGAAAGAUUUCGAACAAUCACCUCCAGUUAUUACAGAGGAGCCCACGGCAUCAUAGUUGUGUAUGAUGUGACAGAUCAGGAGUCCUUCAAUAAUGUUAAACAGUGGCUGCAGGAAAUAGACCGUUAUGCCAGUGAAAACGUCAACAAGUUGUUGGUAGGGAACAAAUGUGAUUUGACCACAAAGAAAGUAGUAGACUACACAACAGCAAAGGAAUUUGCUGAUUCCCUUGGAAUUCCAUUUUUGGAAACCAGUGCUAAGAAUGCAACAAAUGUAGAACAGUCUUUCAUGACGAUGGCAGCUGAGAUUAAAAAGCGAAUGGGCCCUGGAGCAACAGCUGGUGGUGCAGAGAAGUCCAAUGUUAAAAUUCAGAGCACUCCAGUCAAGCAGUCAGGUGGAGGUUGCUGCUAAAAUUUGCCUCCGUCCAUUUCUCACAGCAAUGAAUUUGCAAUCUGAACCCAAGUGAAAAAACAAAAUUGCCUGAAUUGUACUGUAUGUAGCUGCACUACAACAGAUUCUUACCGUCUCCACAAAGGUCAGAGAUUGUAAAUGGUCAAUACUGACUUUUUUUUUAUUCCCUUGACUCAAGACAGCUAACUUCAUUUUCAGAACUGUUUUAAACCUUUGUGUGCUGGUUUAUAAAAUAAUGUGUGUAAUCCUUGUUGCUUUCCUGAUACCAGACUGUUCCCCGUGGUUGGUUAGAAUAUAUUUUGUUCUGAUGUUUAUAUUGGCAUGUUUAGCUGUCAGGUUUAGUCUUCUGAAGAUGAAGUUCAGCCAUUUUGUAUCAAACAGCACAACUAGUGUCUGUCACUUUCCAUGCAUAAAGUUUAGUGAGAUGUUAUAUGUAAGAUCUGAUUUGCUAGUUCUUCCUUGUAGAGUUAUAAAUGGAAAGAGUACACUAUCUGAUUAAUAGUUUCUUCAUACUCUGCAUAUAAUUUGUGGCUGCAGAAUAUUGUAAUUUGUUGCACACUAUGUAACAAAACAACUGAAGAUAUGUUUAAUAAAUAUUGUACUUAUUGGAAGUAAUA